AUGGCUACUAGCAGCACCGCUGAGGGCGCCGUUCUUGAGAGGACGUUGCGGCCUGGUCAACGACACAGCAACGCCGAAAGGGACCACAGUAACAGCUCUGUACUCUCUGACAUGCACGCGGUUAACGGCUUCCCUGACGGCGGUGCAGAGGAGGAGGAUGUGGAGCUGGACAUCCGCGCCUCCCACGUGCACAUGGAAGCGCUCUACGUAGACAUCCCGGCAAAGGAGCUGCAGCUCAUUAUGGAUAGUGCCCUCCGAGCCUACAACACGCAUGUUUUCAUCCCGACGCGCACCACCUGGCGCAAGGAGGAAGGCUCACGCCGUGAGUUAGAGCGGGACGUUGAGCGGACCGCACUAAGCCGCAUUGCGGAGGACAUCAAGAAGGACAUCACCGCCAAGUUGGGUGGUCGCUGGCACGUCAUCUACGGCCACGAUUUCGCCACCUAUGUGACGCACAAGCGCUUGUGUUUUUGCCACUUUCAAAUAGAGGGCGCGGACGUUGUCGUGUGGCGUCAUGGAGGGUAA